GUCCUUAGCGGCCUCUCGCUUCGCCACUUUGCUCCUUCGGGGAGCCUCGAGGCCGGCGCCGAGGGAGACGGGGAGACAGGCAGCGCUCUGUUCCUUAUGGGCCACGCCCGGGCCACCAUGCGUGACGUCGCGCUGAGUUCGGAGAUCGGUACGAUCGAAAUGGGUACGGAGC